UUGGUGGUUAGGGCUGACGCUUUUUUUCGGAAGAGACCCUGGGAUCUGGCCACACUUUUUUCUGAUUUCGCAUUUCAUCGCAGAGACGAGGCGUCGUUCGGCCGCAACCAAAAAUUCGCGAAAAUCGUGCAAGAAAAAAAACCUUCCAGAAAUUUUCAAUCAACUUUUGAAAAGGUUUUCCACAAUUCAAGCACUGUUUUGGCAAUUGGCUGCAGAAAAAAAAACGCCAGUUCCAAGAAAAACGCAAAAAAAAAAGUGGCAUAAAACCGAAUUGGAAAAGGCAAUCCGCUCCGUCUAUAUUCCGGAUAAUUUGUUGCUCAUUUUUGUGGAUCUUGUGUGGAAAAUGUCGCUGUCGAAAUUCCAGCACGAGGAUAUGGAUUUAUCCGACGAAAACGUGAUGGUGCUGCGUCCCAUUAAGAAAAUGACGUCACGAGCCAGGGCGGGAGGCAAGAAGAACCGAAUGACCAGCCGCUGGAAGCCGAUCGACGACCUGUCCCUGCUGACGACCAUGGACCGGGUGAACGACAUCAAGAUCGUGCAUCGUGUGUGCAAAUUCUCGUGCGGGUUCACCCUGCAGGAGGUCCAUCGGCGCUGGCAGGCGCUGCUCUACUCGUCCAAGGAUUCGAAGACGGCCAGGGCGGCCAUCGAGAACCUCCACCCGGAGACGGUGGCCGGCGUCAGGGCCCAGACGGUACUCAGUCCGGAGGAGGAGGAAGUCAUCAUGAGGAUCAAGAGCACGGAGUCGCCCACACUGGGGCGGUUUCAGGAGCUGAUCGACCAGAAUGCGGCCGUCUUUUUGCGCGAACGCACGGCCCAAUAUCUGCAAACGUACUGGCGGGAUCUCCGGAGGUAUAUGCUGCUGCCCGACCAGGAGAUCCCGCCGGCAGGCGAAGAGCCGCUUUAUCUGCAGAGCUUCUCCGAGGCCGAGGCGGAGGCCGAGGCGGAGGCCUUCAAUGUCGAUGUCCACCAGUCCGACGACGAGGAGCUGGAGGCCGAGCUGGAGCUCCAGAGCCGCCGGAACAGGCGUUCGAUCCGUUUGCUGGAGAACGAACUGUCCCGCCUGUCCGUCCUGGUGGACUGCGGCCGCGGUCCCCGGGAGCUGGACAACAACACGAUUGCCUGCCUGUGCGGCCAUCGGGUGCGCUUUCUGAUCCAGCAUCCGGAGGUCAGUUUCGGCCGGAACGGCAAGGAGGGCUCCAACUGGCGGGUGGACAUUGACCUCGGGCUGGAGGGUGCCGCCGAGAAGGUGUCCCGUCUCCAGGGCACCAUUCGGCUGCGCAACGACGGCGUCAUCCUCGUGGCCAAUGCCGGCAGGCGGGCCAUCUUUGUGCAGGGCCAGCCCCUGCUAACCGGCCACACGACACGGCUCGAGGACAACAUGCUGGUGGAGAUAUGCGGCCUGACCUUCACGUUCAUCGUCAACCCCAAAGCCGUCGAGGUCGUCCGCCAGCAGUGCGCCAGCACAUCGGAGCCGUUCCAGUGAGGCCCCAACCAGAAUCUGAUCGGAAGGAGGGAGAGCCCUAUGGUCAGGCAUUGCCACAAAAACACGCUAAAUAAAGAAGCUAAAAUCAAAUAAAAUAAUAUGAAAAUUUA